AAAAUGGCAGAAACAACGCUGUAUGAAGUGCUGGGUGUUUCUAAAACUGCCUCUGAUGGAGAAAUCAAGAAGUCCUACUAUAAGUUGGCAAAGGAAUUCCAUCCUGACAAGAAUCCACAAGCAGAAGAUAAGUUUAAGGAAAUAAGCUUUGCCUAUGAAGUUCUGUCUAAUCCUGAGAAAAGGGAGACCUAUGACAGAUUUGGGCUACAAGGACUUAAGGAAGGAGGUGGGGCAGGAGGAGGACCAGGCUUUUCGGACAUGUUUGGUGAUUUAUUUGGAGGAAUGUUUGGGGGUCCAUUUGGAGGAAUGGGCGGAAUGGGUGGAAUGGGAGGUCGACGUGGCAGGAGGAAAGGGGAGGACACACUUCAUCCUCUCAGAGUAACACUUGAGGACUUGUAUAAUGGAAAAACAUCAAAGUUGCAGUUAAGCAAAACAGUAAUCUGUACAAAGUGCAAUGGUUCUGGUGGAAAAGAAGGUGCAAUGCACAGAUGUAGAACGUGCAACGGCCGUGGUGUCAAGGUAACCCUUAGACAGCUUGGUCCUGGCAUGGUACAGCAAAUGCAAUCUGUGUGUCCAGAUUGUCAUGGUGAAGGUGAGGUGAUCAAUGAAAAAGACAAGUGUAAGGACUGUAAAGGGAAGAAAGUGGUCAAUCAAACAAAGAUCCUUGAAGUCAAUGUAGACAAGGGCAUGAGGGAUAACCAGAAAAUUACAUUCAGAUGGGAAGGUGACCAACUGCCUGAUAUGGAGCCAGGUGAUGUCAUAAUUGUGCUGAAGCAACAAGAACAUGAAUUGUACACACGUGACGGAGACAAUCUCUACUGUACAUACAAUCUUAGUCUUACAGAAGCUCUCUGUGGUUUCCAGUUUACUCUCAAACAUUUAGAUGGUAGAGAUUUACUCGUCAAAAGUCCCCCCGGUGAUGUUAUACAUCCAGGAGCUGUAAAAUGCAUAAAAGGAGAAGGAAUGCCUACAUACAAAAGUCCAUUUGACAAAGGAGAACUUUUAGUAAAGUUUGAUAUCACCUUCCCACCACAAAACUUUGCACCUGAACACAAGUUACAGAAACUUGAGAAACUUCUCCCACCUCGGCCUAAAGUAGAAAUCCCAACAGGUGAGGAUGUAGAGGAAGUAAGCUUGGUAGAGUUAGAUGAUACUCGAGGGAGUGGUCAUCAUGGAGGCAAUGAGGCAUAUAAUGAGGACAGUGAUGAUGAAGGAGGACAUGGACCCAGGGUUCAGUGUGCACAUCAAUAACGCACAUAAUUUUAGUUACAUAAUGUGUGUGUGGAUGGAUAAGAGGGAGAAAUGUAAGGAAGUUUGUUGUCAGAUGUAAGCAAUGUCAAACAUGGCUUUGACUGCCUAGGUUUCAAUUUCAACAGAAAAAAACAUUAAUAAAAUCAAACAAAUCUGAUUUCGUUGUUGAAUCAAAGGUCUGUAUUCAACUGGCAUUUGAUUUAAAGGAAAUAGACUUGAAUUUGAUUUUAUUUCUCGAUUUUUGUUUCGUUUUUUUUUUAAAUUGUGACCUUACUUGACUUGAAAAGAUCAAUUUUAUUGUUGUCAUCUGUGUUUUGAAUAUUUAUGACCUAUACUUAUAAAUGUGAUGAUGUCAUUACAUAUAUUAUGACUUUUGAUGUGACAUUUUAAAAGAUUGAACAACUUUUUAAAGGUCGUUCUUGGUAGAUUGAAUUUUUCUUUUUAUCAAAGUCCUGAAGGUGCAUUUCAAAUAAGUCUGGUAGCAUGAGUUAUUCUGACAAAAAUAUGUAUAUUUUGGUUUCUUCUUUUACAUGACUUGUGGUAAUAAGCUGUCACACUCUUUUUUACAUUACAUGGAGAUCUGUAUAGUUUAAUUAAAGGAGAAUCAUUUUGGAUAGCUUGCAUAAGUUUGGUAUGUAAAUAUAGAUCCUGAAAAUGCAAUUAAGAUAUGGAAAAUAAAGGUCAUCUUUAUUACUUGCUCAUUAACUUUCAACAUUAAAGAUAUUGAAAAAAAUUGACAGUACAUUUAACUUUUGAGUACAUUUAUUUCUUUUAGGAGUUGUGAAAUGUGAUCAUGCAUUUAACAUUCAAAUUCUAUACAGCUGAACAUGUGAUCAUAGUAUACAACAAAUUUUAGAUUGUUAAGUUAUUUCUGAGUUGAGAUGAGGUAGGUUUUGAACAACUUACCUAUGAUUUUUCCCAAAAUUGCCAAUUCAUCACUUUCUUCCCAUAUGUGUCUAUUUAUUUUAUUGAACAAUAAUGUUCCAACAAAGCAUAAUAUGGCAGAGUGUCUUGAAACAAACCUGCCAAAAAAAGCACCAAAAAUCAACAAAGAAGUUUUUGUUGUAGUAAUUCAUUACAAAACCAUUCCAAAUUAGAGACCAGCCAGUCUGGAUGUUGAAGGGAAAACCCCCCAGCUUUUUUGUGUUUUUAAACAGGAAGGUUAGUUAUUUGGAGAAAUAGGAUAUUGAAUUUUUUAAUGGUUUAAAUUUAAGUCAAAUUUCUUUCCAUAUUGUAUGUGUUCAAAUAUAAUUUCAUGUAGUUCCGAUUGAUAAAAUAAACAGAUUUGACAGAUUUGUUUUCAAUCUAUUUUGGAUUCUUCGCAUUUGUUGUAUGAUUUCACAACAUCCUUUCUUCAAAAAUCUAAAAAUUCUGUAAUUGAUGUUGCUUAAGUGCAAUGUUCUGUUAAGAUGAAUAUAAUCAAAUUCAAUACCAAUUGGACAGCUUUUAGGUCUGUUGGGUACUGGUAGUUAUCAUAGGUGUAGAAAAGUUUCCUGACGCUACGCAAUUCUGUACACUGUCUAGUACAGAUCGGACAACCUUGUGUAUGGAGACGGUAGUGUUGCUUCUAAAUGUGACAGGUUAGGGAGAGCAUAUUGGGAAUUAUUGAUUCUCUUGAGUGCUAUCUGAGUUGACAUGAACUUGGUGUUGUGCUUUUUGUUGCAUUCAUUGAACCUGCUUUAGUUUCUAUGUCAAUGAAAUACAUGCAUUCAUCAGCAAUCUUUCAUUGUGGAGGUUGUAAAAGAUUGUAUUGUCUUAAAAACGGAACAUUUUAUCAUUGAUAGUAUUUGCAUAGAACAAAGCUAGAUUUUAACUCUAAAAACCUGAUAUCUUUGUUGAAGCAGGGAAGGUUCUGGAAGUGAUUUGUGCGAUAAUUUCUGUCACCUCAAAAGAGUUGAUCCCCUUGUAUUGAAAUAGAUUCAGAGCACAAAUCUAAACACUCAACAAGUAUAUUUACAUAUUAAUUGUCAUAUGAUCAAAACAUACUAUUGUUAAAGUCAGAAUAACAUUGAUGAAAUAUUUUAAUAUUGAAUCAUCUCUGUAAUAUUAUGCUUACUAAAUUAAAGUUACAAAAGACACCUUAACAUGUCCUUGUUAAUUCUGAUCAUUUCCUAUCUGCUAUAGUUAGACUUUUUAUAUAUAUUUACCAUGUCUAUACGCGUAUAUCAGAAAUUUUAAAUACAUAUUUGGAAAGCAUAUUUCUAGACAUACCAUUGUCAAGAAGUUGAAACUAAUUGGAUGAAAAGGUUUUAUUGGACUUAGGCAGGUAAAACAAAUAUAAGUUAAUGUGUUCCUGUCAUGACAAUGCUACUUUCAUAAAUUUCAUGGAAGUUUUCUCAUCACAAGAAAUGAAGCAUAUACUCUGAUUCUUUGAACUUCAUUCAAGACUUGUGAUGUUGCUGAAAAAGCAAGGAACAGAACAGUUUAGAAGCGAGGCCAACAUCUUUAAGCUUAUGUAUCAUAUCUGUUUUGCCACUCAGGCAGUUUUGGCUUAUUCAUUGGUCAUAAAACUUUUAAGUGUACAAUAGACGCAUGUACCAUUACAUAAAAGUAAAGGAGUACCAUUAUUUGAAUUAUGCUAGCCAUAUAUCAAGUUUUAAUUACAACUAUUGAUCAUCAUUUAUUAUCAAUAGUUUGGUUUAUUAAGGAAAUGUUUUUAAAACUUGAAGAGGAUUUAUUAUUCCUGUAUGAGUGAAUGAUGUCUUCUUCAAUUUUUGAGGGAGAAAUUUAUAAAAGAAUAAACACAAUGCACCAAAAA